AUCAGCCCCGCGCGCGGCUAGCGUUCCCCUUUUGGGCUUCCUGGGGCCGCCAUGAUGGUUUUGUGUGUAUGUAUGUGUGUGUGUAUGCGCGAGGAUGUGUGUGUGAGAGGUGUGCAUCAGUAUGCGCGAAUGAGUGAGUGAAUGCGAAAGAGGAGGAAGGAAGGGGAAGAGAAUGAGAGAGACGGGAGAAGGGGGCCCCGCCAGGACCGUGGAGCCUCGCUCUCUCCUCUUGGAGGAGUUGUGGCGGGGUCUGAAGCCCACUCCCCGAUUUGCCAACCUGGAGGGGGGAGGGUGGGUUUAAAACCCUCCCUUAUGUGGGGGGAGGAACAGCCGGGCAGCGCAGAGCCCCCUUGAGGGAAGGAGCGGGGGGGGGCACCAGCGUCUCUCUCUCUCUCUCUUAGGAGGGGAGGGGGGAGAGCUGAGAGAGCCCCCAACCCAAUCCCGCAAGGUGAACAGACCGCCUCCCCAAAAAAUACCCCCCUGGCAAUUGCUUUGGAGUGGGGGGGAGGACCCGCGGUGCCAGUUUGUGGUGGUGGUGGGGGGCUCUUUCUGUAGGAGGAGGACCAGCCAUGCCCUAGAUGAGCCCUUAAUUGAAAAGGAGGGGACGGGCUGUGAGCUGAUCAUUGGGGAGGGGGCACAGCUCCAGAAACCCCCCACCCACCCCCUCUCCCCUUCCUGCUGCAAAGUGAAGGGAGAUGUAGUUGGAGGAAGGAGAAGAAGCCAGAAAGGGCAGAGCCCCUUCCUCCUCCUCCUCCUCCUCUUCUUCUUCCACCUCCAGCAAGAGCGAGGGGAGUGGUCUUGCCUGCAUUUGAAAAGGGGAGGGUGGGUGUUCAGGCAACUGAGGAAAAUCUCAGUGGUGGGCAGAAGAGGAGGAGGAGUCAAGAGGAAGCCAGGAGGGCUGGGGUGGGGGGGGACUGGAGGGUGCACCCGCCUAGGGAAUGCCAACGCUCUUAGCUCAAAUUAGGGGUGCAGGAGGUGUCCCCCCCCCAGAGGUGUUUGUGUGUGGCCCAGUGUGUGAGCUUCCUCUCUUGAUUACUGCACGGAGGGGAGAGAGAAGAGGGGGGUGAGAACUCUUCUCACAUAUCAUUCCCUUGUUUUCUCCCAAGGGCAAAGUAGGAAAUAGUGGAGGAUUGAACUGGAGAGGGGGAGAGGUGUGUGUGUGUGAGUGUGUGUGAGUGUGUGUGUGUGUGCAGGGUAGGGGGGUGGGGAACCGCUGCUAUGAAUUUGUAAUAGCCUCUUUGGGGAGAUUGGCCCGCCCCUCUUCCCCUUUUUCCACCCCACUCCUCAUUUUUGCUGGAGGGGGGGUGACUCGGAGCUGCACGCACACAGAUCCUUCAGCAACUGGCUGGAUCUUCUCUCUGUGUCUUCUUCCCCCCCCCCCCCACUUCCCACCAUGACAACAAAUCCAGCAUUAGAAUCGCCAUCCACCCCAUGGCCACACAGCAGGCUGCUGAUGGACGGGGAAGAGUCUUUGGUGCCUAGAUGCGCUUCCCAAAGCCCAGAGAGUAGCUGAAGCGGGACAUAGCCAAUGUCGUCCAGCAAAGGGGCAGGGGCUGGAGCUCGCCGGCGGCGGACGCGGUGCCGGAAGUGUAAAGCGUGCCUGCGAUCAGAGUGUGGGGAGUGCCAUUUCUGUAAGGACAUGAAGAAGUUUGGGGGUCCUGGACGCAUGAAGCAGUCCUGCCUGCAGAGGCAGUGCACAGCGCCAGUUCUACCUCACACAGCCGUGUGCCUGGUCUGUGGGGAGGCCGGGAAAGAGGACACAGUAGAGGGUGAAGAGGAGAAGUUCAAUCUGUCACUCAUGGAGUGUACCAUUUGCAACGAGAUUGUGCAUCCAGGCUGCUUGAAGAUGGGAAUCGCUGAAGGGGUCAUCAACAACGAAAUUCCAAACUGCUGGGAAUGCCCCAAGUGCAAGAGGGAAGGCAAAUCAAUGAAAGAUUCGGGGGAUGGUACAGGGAAGCGGCGUUCGGACAAUGGUGAGGAAGGGGUCCGGUGGAAGCUGACUGAUGAGCCUGCUCAGAACAAGAAGAAGUUGCCGCCAGCACCGCCUUUGCCCCCGCCACCCUCUGAGGAGAAUCCAGUCCAGACGGGUGCUCACAAGCGCAAAAAGGAGCUUCCAGCCCCCGAGACGGGACCCAAGAAGAAGUUGAAAGGUACUCGGGAAAAACAUUUGAAAAAGGGCGCCGAGCAACCACUUGACGGAAACAAAUUGGAUUCCAUGCAGACGUGGAGCCGCAUGGGCGGUGGUGACUUCGAGGUGAAGGGGGCCAUUUCCCACCCAUCCAUUCACCUGAGCCAGAUCACAGCCAGUGACUUAGAGAAACCAAAGGGACCACCGGGGCCUUUGGAGCCCUCUGCCCAGACAGACAAGUCCCAUCAGCGGGAGAAGUUGGAGCGCUUCAAGCAGAUGUGUCAGAUGUUGGAGCGGGUGAAGAACAGCUCCAGUUCCAGUUCCAGUUCGGACUCUGAUUCUGACACGGAUUCACGGGGCUCCGAUGGUUCUAGUGGAGGAGUGUCGAGCCGAACCAACUCCCCAACCACCCGUUCGCAGCGCUUGGCUGCCCUGGGCUUCAGUGCCAGUGAGGAAGAGGAGGACGAAGAGGAGGACGAGGAGGAGGGUGGGCGGCGCAAUGGCGGCUCGGAGACAACACGUAACGGGAAGCAGCCCAAAGCUCGGGGGAACUCUCAGGAGAAGGAGAACAAUCAUCGCCCGUCCAGCAGGGGGAGCGAACGGGCCAAGCAGCAGGCAGGAGGCCGGAAAGCCGGCCGGCCUGCUGGACAGACAGGGCUCCGCAUGGUAGCUCGGACUCAGUUUCUGAACUGGCCUUUGGUGCCAUCCCCUCCCAAGCCCCUGCUGCAGCUGGAGAGGCACGUGAUCCGGCCUCCUCCAGACAGCCCUGAACCUGAUUCCCUGCCCUUGGACAGCGGCUCUGACCAUAUCGUGCAGCGGGACAUUUGGUUGGCUGUCUUCCAGUACCUCAGCUAUCGGGAGCUAUGCAUUUGCAUGAGGGUGUGCCGAACAUGGAGCCGUUGGUGCUGUGACAAGCGGCUUUGGACGUACAUUGACUUGAGCCAUCGGAAAUCUAUCACUCCCUCCAUGUUGAGUGGAAUCAUCCGAAGACAGCCAGCCAGUCUUGAUCUGAGCUGGACCAACAUCUCCAAGAAGCAGCUCAUGUGGCUCCUGAACAGGUUGCAAGGCCUUAAGGAGCUCAUCCUAACGGGCUGCUCUUGGUGCUCCGUGUCGGCCCUCGGCACCGCCAACUUCCCCUCCCUACAGCUCCUAGAUUUGCGUUGGAUUGAGGAUGUCAAGGAUUCUCACCUCCGUGAGCUGCUCUUGCCCGCCACAGAUGCCAAGCCUGGCCAGACAGACAGCCGGGGCCGGCUCCAGAAUGUCUCUGAACUACGGCUCUCCGGACUGGACAUCACAGACGCAUCUCUGCGCUUGGUAAUCCGGCACACCCCUCAGCUUGCCAAACUGGACCUGAGCCACUGCAACCAUGUAGGUGACCAGUCUGUUAACCUGCUGACCGCUGCUAAUUCUCCACUCCGAGAGACCCUCACUGAACUCAACCUCACCGGAUGUAACCGGCUGACGGAUCAGUGUCUGCCCCUUUUCCGCCGCUGUCCACGCCUCUCCCGUAUCGACCUGCGUUCCUGUCACCACAUCACGAUGGAGGCCUGUGCCCGAUUUGCCGAGGACUCGGUCUCCAACAGUGGCGCCGUGCCCCCUGCCCCUGGCACAUCCUCACCUCCUUUUCGUUGCCCCGAGGAGAAAUUGCUGCUGAAGGACAGCUAAUACUCGCCCUGGGGUGGAGGCGCAGAAAGACUCAACUUCACCAAUCCGACCGUCGGACACGGACUCUGAGAGAAUCUUUUUACUUAAAGCCAUGCACUGAACCAGAGUGGCAUCUCCACCCCCUUACUUGUGCAGCAAAGAAGGAGCGGGGAGGGGGAGUCGUGCCCCCUUCCCCGGGCCUGGCCCACUGAGGGCCGGGUGGCCUUUUGCUCCAUCCACUUGUUCCUGGACAGCCGCAGAGUAAGUGGGGGUCCGAGGUAGCCUUGUCGCUUUACAAUGCUGGGGAAAUGCAUAUUCCUCCCACCAUGCACUGCGUCAUCCCCCUCUCUCCCCCUCCCCGAUCUCCAAAUAUCCUUCCAUGCCGCCAUUGGUAUACCCUGCUAUCUCGGGGCGGCAGGGGAGAGUGGGAGUUGAAAUUCAGCCUUGAAAUGCUGGUUCGGGAGGAAGGCAGCUUCUUUGAUGGGGUCGGAUAUAUUACUUUUUUCCAGGCCCCUUCCUCGCCCAAUGCAAAUGUGCACUCCAACCUCAUUGGUCCUCCCCCGCCCCCCCUCCCACAUGCUGCCUUGAUUAUUUUUAAAGAGUGCGUGCGUGUGUGUGCGUGCUUGUCAGCCUGCCCACCCGGUUCCUUUUCCUCUCUUCCCCAGUUGUGCAUCUGCAGUGUGGUUUUCCAAGGGGGCCAAACAAGAACCAGGCAGCUGAUUUCCGGAUUCCUUGGCCCUGUCUUUUCCCACUGUGUACCUGCCGGGGCUCCUUCCUGCCUCUACCACUGUCUCUUUCCCAAAGCACUGGAUGGUUUCGGGAGCCGGCACAUCCAUUUGAUCUGCUUCCUGCAUCGGUGCCCUUUGUACCCUUAAUUCUCUCCUCGCUCAUCAAUCGGACGCCAGAAAACAUCUCGAUAGGUAUCCUUCCCUUUAGAUCCUCUUCUCCGUGCUCUCCCUCCCAGCCGAUCCCAUUAUGCAGCUGAGGCCUCCUGGGGAUGCAGCCCUGCCAAAGGUUGACAUCCCCCACCCACCACUCUGGUGCCUCACUGGAUGGCCACACCGUGAAACACACGUGUUGCGUUCCCUACGCACAGUGUACCUGCUGCUGUCUUGUUUACGCAUUAAACCUACAUAUGCAUGCACUCGCAAGCCACCCAUGAAGAUGGAAUCCCUCGCCAAGCUUUAGGCCUCUCCGCCUUUGCCAAGUUAACUUUCAGCACACACGCAUGCACACGCACACACACGUACGUCAGUGUGUGCCUUCACUGCUUCUGUCCAGUGUGGACUGCAGGUGGGGAAAUAAGAGUUUUGCUCACAGAGCAGAGAGGCGAGGCAGAAUGCUUUGUCUAAAAGGAAGGAGUAAACUAGCGUGCGUGAAAGGGAGGCGCUAAGCCUCCUGUCUCGUUUGGGCAUGUGUUGGGAUCCUUCUUGGCGGAAAGGCCUUAAAAAUCCACUCUUCCCUUUCCUCCAAGCCCCCUCAGCCCUUGGGCAAUCUGUCUUCUCAGCAGAGUGUUUCUCAACCAUUAGGAUGUGCGGGAUUUCAACUCCCAGAAUUCCCCAGCCGGCAUGAAUUCUGGGAAUUGGAAUCUGUACGUCUUAAAAGUUUCCGAGGUUGAAAAACACAAGUCUACAGUAUUGUUUCAGGCCCCUGGGCUGUUCCCGGAGGAAAUUCCUUCCCAGGAUGUUUUCAUCCUACCAUGGCAAGCUGGAUGGAUCCUGCAGCUCUUGUUAUUCCACCUUCUGUGGAACUCCUUUUCUACAAGGCUUCCCAGCACUUCUCCCCAGGAAUGUCUUUCCUUCCUUCCUUCCUUCCCGUUUCUCCUCUCUUCGAAAUCUUCCUUUUGGACUCUGGACAGAAAAGUCCUCGCAGCUUCUUCCCCUUCCGAUCUUCCCCUUCCUUAGUUUUUAUUCUUUUGGACCAUAAGCUUUAAUAACCACUUUGGGGACAGGGGGAGCAGUGGGGGUGGGGGGAGGUCUGCCUGCAUUCCUUACCCACAGUGCCAACUAUUGUUGAGCAGGAGUCGGCUGGGCCUUCUCUUAAUUCCGGCCGCUCUCUCUCUACGGCCUCCAAAUCUCAAACUUGAACCCCCUGUCCAGCUGUUCAGGUGUGCCCGUGUGUGUGUGUGUGUGUGUGUGUGCGUGCGCGCGCGCUUGGGAUGUGGGAUGUAUGCAUGUGGGAUCCCCCCCCCUUUUCUCUAUUUUCUUUCAAAGGUGGGGGGAGAGAAAUACUGUAGAAAAGAAAAAUGGUGCAAAUCGAAUGUCCUGGACCGACGCAGGGCCUGCUCUCGGUCGUUUUUGCUCCUUCUGCUUGGAGGCGGGGAGCACGUUGCUCAAUGCUGCUCUCUCCGUCCCUUUGGCCAGGUUCGUCUUUUUGGGGGUCAGGUGGGGACUCAUUCUUUCUAAAAGGUGUCCAAUUCUGUCCAUUUCGCUUUCACUCUUUCAUUUCUCCUCUCCCAUUUCUGUCUUUCCUACCAUCCUGUUUUAUUUUAUUGUAUUUUAUUGCUGUCCUUUUGUCUUUCUAGAAACGGUCUGGACUGGAUUGGGGAAGUGCAGUGAAAGAAAUUGUUCAUCCAGUCCAGAAACCUUCCUUUCUCGGGUAGAAUGGGGUUUGUUUUUUUCCAAAAAGCCCUUCUUUUCUCCCUCUUCUAUUCCCCCCUUUUCCUCUCUUUCUCUCUCUCUCUCUUUGUCCUCCCUCACCCUUCCCGCCAUCCUUCUCACCCUGUGCUUCAUCUGGAUUUUCAGAUGGCAUCAGACACGCACUGCCUUUCUGUGCGCGUUGUGGAGCGGAGGAUGGCACAAGACUGAUUUACAAUUUGGUCACGUAUCUUCUUUUUUUUCCUUUUAAUAUAUACUUGAACGUUCAUUUAUUACUAAAGCAUUACUUGAAAAAAAAACGCAGCGAUAGCUUGUGGAAUCGGAGGCGAGGUUUUCGGUGUUGGGUUGUGUUUUUUUUUUAUUAUUAUUUUUACGGUUCUGUUGGGUGCUUUUUUUAUUGUUUUUAAGAAAAUUGGUUUUGUUGUUUCCUUUUUUUAUUUUUUAUUUUCAUUUGUCUGAUUCAACAAGAGUCCUUCCCUCUCACUCCAUUAACCAAAGAGGGCCAAGGUAUCUUAAUUUUUUUUUUCUCUCCUCCAACUCCUUUUCUGGAGGAUUUCUUUGGUUGUUGUUUUUUUCCCUUCUGCCUAGGAGUAUUCUCUCCUUGACUCACAACUCUUACAGAGCAAGUAUUAAACUAUUUUGAGGAGUGGAGGCGUUGGGGCUAGGUUUGGGUGGAAAUAUUGUAUAUUUGAGGGAGGGUGUCAGUGGGUCUUUUCCAGAUCUUAUGGCACAGCAUAAAUAUGUACUGUAUAGCCUGUCCUCAAUUUAGUGGUCCUGCCCACGUCUCAUUCCCACACUCCAUGGUGCAAACAAGGAAACUGGAUUUCAUUCCACACAACCAGCCUCCUCGUUGGUUUGGGGCCUCCACUCUUCAUUUCUCCUUUAUGUAAAAGGAGAUGUAUACACUUGAGAGGGAAGAGCCAUCUAAAUCCAGAUAUUUGGGGCGAGGGGGGGGCUGCCAUGGUGACCCUCCUGUCUUCUACUUCUCCUCCUCAGAAGAGAGUGGCAGCAGCCAAGGGAAGUGCUCUUUUCAAGCAUAUCUUUUGAGGUUUGUUUUAAUUUUUUUAACCAUUGUUUUUGUUUUUAAUGGAUGUUUUAACUCUUGAAAAAAAAGAAAAGAAAAAUACCUCAGGUUUUAAAAAGAAAUGGUGAAGAGUGAGAAGGAAAACGUGGGAAUGCCAUCCCUGGGUUGCAUUACUCUUCUAGGGCAAGGCUGGGCAGUUAAUGACCCUUUUUCCGCCCAUUAACUUCAAUUUCCAGAAUUCCUGAGCCAGCCACAUUGACUUGAGGAAUUCUGGGAGUUGAAGUCCCACGGGUUGUAAAGGGGGCCAUCAUGGGCCACUCCUGCUCUAGAUUGCUGCUUUAGGGACUGCACAUGUUGGGCGGGAAGCCCACUGGAUCAGCGUGGAGAGGCCUCCAUGGCUCAGUGCUGGGUAGAGAUGAUGGACACAAGUAAUCGCUCUCCCUUCCAUUGCCCUAACCCUCACCUCAGUUUUCCUCACCCAUUAUCACUCCAAAGACAGGCGCUUGCAUCAGGGUGCAGCCCGUCUCUCAAUCCCAAUGGAAAAGGAACAUGGAGAAACAUGUCCGGUGUCUCCCCUACCCCACCAGAUGUAGCUUCAGAAAGUAUUCCAAGACUCCCAUCAACCUUGAACCUCAGAUGUGUUGGAGUCUACAUCCUGGUGUUUUCAACCAGCCUGUUUGUUGGCUGCAAGUGGUAGAUGUUGUGGUCCACCAUCCCUUAGAGAAGAUCGAGUUGGGUAAGGCCGAGCUACUCCAUAGGAUUCCCUGACCUACAGAAACACACGCACAAAAACACCCACGCAUCCCCCUCAACUCAGUGGACCAAAGCUCUAUUUCCACCACCACCACCAUCGUCCCCCACCGAUCAAUUGUUUAUCCUCCAGCUACAACUUUUAAUCUUCCAUAGACUCUUGUUGCUCCUCACCUAGAAAUUGAGACAAAGACUGCUGGGGAUGGGAAAGGAAGCAAGGGGGUGAAAUAAAAAUGUAAAAAUCCAA